AUGAGCAAGUCAUUGAAAUUAGCAAAGGAAACUACCAUUUCCAAAUUGCUAGAGAUGGACUCGGCCUUAGACGCCAGUUUGAACGACUGGGACGAAGAGUUUUCCGCAGGAUCAAGCACAACACGUGCGGAGAAGCACAAAGGCUCGCUGUCAAAAGACGCAGAGCCCACUUCUGGGACUAAAGAUCCCACAAAAUCACUUAAAUGUGAUGAUAAGUUGUAAAAGAAGAGCGAGAAAGCACCUUCUACUGGCUCUGGUGCCUCUAAGACGGCAGUGGUCACAAAAAAUGUGACAAAACCUAGCCGUUCCUCGAGGGAAAAAAGCGCGCCAAAAGAGCGUCGUAGCGGCUCAAAACAAUCUGCUACCCCGGGUCAAAGUUUAACC